CUCUCUCCACAAUUACAUUAAUUAGUCAAGCAUUAAAAUACUUAGUCGGUGACAGGUGUGACCGAGCAGUGGACGAGUUUUCCCUACUAAACCUAUUUCAUCUAUCCUGAAUAUCAAAGUACAUGACUGCAUUAAUGAGAGACACACUUUGAUGAAUAGAUUGUGCAUCGGGUUUUAAAGAUUCAAGGUUAGCGAGGAAACGGCAAGGAAGUAGACAUGGAGGAAACAGAUAAAAAACCGGAAAUGAUUGUGUUCGAGGGAAUGGCUUUACCACCCUUUCCUCCAUUAAAACAGGAUGCCAAGAAAAGAUUAGAAGAAAUACGGAACCUGGAAUGCAGAAAGGACGACGUCAUACUGGUUGCCUUUCCGAAAUCAGGUACUCACUGGGUCUGGGAAAUUGUCUGCAUGCUACUUAAAAAUAAAGCUGAAUAUGUCAAGGAAAUAAAAGAAUUCAGCUUUUUGGAAUCCAUACCAGACAUAAAGGCACUGGACGAUAUUGCUUCUCCUAGAGCUCUCAACACGCAUGCUCCGUACAGAUGGCUUCCAAAACAGCACUUGGAAAAUGGUGGAAAGAUUAUCCAUGUUGUAAGAAAUCCGAAAGAUAUUGCUGUGUCAAUGUUCUUUCAUUUAGGUAAUUCUAAGGAUCGUCCAAGACCGACUGAUUUCAAAACGUUUUGUGAAAUGUUAUACAUGGGACCAGUUCCGCCAUACGGGGGCUGGUAUGCGUUUGAAAAGGAAUAUGAACAAGCGAAGGAGAAGGAAACGCUCGCGGCCAUUUUUACGGUGCACUAUGAGAGUAUUAAAAAGAAUCCAAUACAAGAAAUCAAGCGACUAGCUAAAUAUUUGGACGUUGAUGUGAAAGACGAUGUUGUGGCUGAAAUAGCUGAUAAAUGUAGCUUUAGGAAACUGAAAGAAGCGGAUGCAACAUUGAAAGAUUACUCAGUAAUGACCAAAGUUAACCCCAAAGCCAAAGAAGCGUUGUCAAAAAUGUAUCGAAAAGGAGAGAUCGGUGAUUGGAAGAACCAUUUUACAGUGGCUAUGAAUGAACGAUUUGAUGCAAGGUUCAAGGAGGAAAUGAAAGACUCUAAAAUUGAAGUACAGUUUGAAUGAAUGGAUUCUGAAGAACACGAGGUUUCAUACUAAGUUUGGAAUAAUUUAGUAUCGACAUUCAACAGGCUGAAAUGAUACUGGUACCUCAUUGUGACUGAACGAGAAGUGUGUAGUUGGCUUCUCAAAUAAUCUUGACAAGCAAUAAUAAUAAUGAUAAUAAUAAUAAAACCCCGUGUUUAGCCAGUGUGUGUAUAUGUGUCACAUGUGUGUGUGCUUAGAAUUUAUCAAAUGGACCCCAUUAAUCCCUGUAAAUUUUUGCUGUGUUGGGCAUUGUGUAUGUAUGUCUGUGUACGUGCGUACGUGCGUGUGUGCAGUUCAUUAUUCCAACGUUUGACUUUAUCUGUGUGUUAACAUUUUGCAUUUGAUAAAAGUCUAGAUCUGUCACACGUUUCUCUGAACUAUUGAUCAUGUGAGCAAUACACGAUUAUGUAGCAUAGAAAAUUUUGCAUGAAUCAGGUACCAGUAUUUUAUCUUGCAUCGUAAUCUUGCGAAGAUUCAUUAUGAUAUUAUGGCUCUUUCUCUAUGUGGUAACAUUUUUAAUGUUACACUUCAUAUUUUCUUAACCAUUUUUCAAAGGCAGAUCGAUAUUUAUUUGUAUAAGUAUGAAAAGGUCCUUAUAAGCAUGGAAAGGUCACGACUAUUCUGAACUUGAACUUCGAAAUAGGUAAAAAUACCACGAAAACUUAGAUUUGAUAACAUUAACGCCUAUACAUUAUUUUUGCAAAUACAUUUACGGCUUUAUCAUUUUCCAUCCAAGUUUUGAUAUACAAAUUACCGAUAUUAUCUUUGUAGAAUUCGAAUGAUUGUUUAGAACUACAACGAAAUAAAUGUAUUGAUGACAUUUUA